CUCCCCCACUCUGAGAGCAAGCGGGCUGUGUGUGCACCGAGGUGCUCUGCCAUGAGGACUGCCAGGCAGUUUGUACAGGUGGCUCUGGCCCUCUGCUGCUUUGCAGAUAUUGCCUUUGGAAUUGAGGUUAAUUGCAGCCUGUAUGCCAGCGGCAUCGGCAAGGAUGGGACGAGUUGGGUAGCCUGCCCGAGGAACUUGAAGCCUGUCUGUGGCACAGAUGGCUCCACAUACAGCAAUGAGUGUGGGAUCUGCCUCUACAACAGGGAGCACGGGGCAAACGUGGAGAAGGAAUAUGAUGGAGAGUGCAGGCCAAAGCACGUUAUGAUUGAUUGCUCUCCGUACCUCCAAGUUGUAAGAGAUGGUAACACCAUGGUAGCCUGCCCAAGGAUUCUGAAACCAGUCUGUGGCUCAGAUAGCUUCACUUAUGACAACGAAUGUGGGAUUUGCGCCUACAACGCAGAACAUCACACCAACAUUUCCAAACUGCACGAUGGAGAAUGCAAGCUGGAGAUCGGCUCGGUUGACUGCAGUAAGUACCCAUCCACAGUCUCUAAGGAUGGCAGGACUUUGGUAGCCUGCCCAAGGAUCCUGAGCCCGGUUUGCGGCACCGAUGGUUUCACCUAUGACAACGAAUGCGGGAUCUGCGCCCACAAUGCAGAGCAGAGGACCCAUGUCAGCAAGAAGCAUGAUGGAAAAUGCAGGCAGGAGAUUCCUGAAAUUGACUGUGAUCAAUACCCAACAAGAAAAACCACUGGUGGCAAACUCCUGGUGCGCUGCCCAAGGAUUCUGCUCCCAGUCUGUGGCACAGACGGAUUUACUUAUGACAACGAGUGUGGCAUUUGUGCCCAUAAUGCACAACAUGGGACUGAGGUUAAGAAGAGCCACGAUGGAAGAUGCAAGGAGCGGAGCACCCCGCUUGACUGCACCCAAUACCUGAGCAAUACCCAAAACGGUGAAGCCAUUACCGCCUGCCCCUUCAUCCUGCAGGAGGUCUGUGGCACUGACGGCGUCACCUACAGCAACGACUGUUCUCUGUGUGCCCACAACAUUGAAUUGGGAACCAGCGUUGCCAAAAAGCACGAUGGGAGGUGCAGAGAGGAGGUUCCUGAGCUUGACUGCAGCAAGUACAAAACCUCCACGCUGAAGGAUGGCAGACAGGUGGUGGCCUGCACCAUGAUCUACGAUCCCGUCUGUGCUACCAAUGGUGUCACCUAUGCCAGCGAAUGCACGCUGUGCGCUCACAACCUGGAGCAGCGGACCAAUCUUGGCAAGAGAAAGAAUGGAAGAUGUGAAGAGGAUAUAACAAAGGAACAUUGCCGUGAGUUCCAGAAAGUCUCUCCCAUCUGCACCAUGGAAUACGUACCCCACUGUGGCUCUGAUGGCGUAACAUACAGCAACAGAUGUUUCUUCUGCAACGCAUAUGUGCAGAGCAAUAGGACUCUCAACCUCGUGAGUAUGGCAGCGUGUUAACUCUGCACUGGAGUCCAGCGUGGGAAACAAUCUGCCUUGCACAUGAGUCUUCGUGGGCCAAUAUUCCCCAACGGUUUUCCUUCAGCUUGUCUUGUCUCCCAAGCUCUCAAAACACCUUUUUGGUGAAUAAACUCACUUGGCAACGUU